AUGUCUGACCCUGUAAAUUCAUUUCACGUCUUGGACUACGUUGCUAUGGGAUUGUUUUUUCUCGUUUGCACCGGGAUCGGCGUCUACUAUGGAUGUUAUAAGAAGCAGAAGACGACGGAGGAAUAUCUCCUUGGUGGCAGACGCAUGCAUCUAAUUCCGGUUGCGAUAUCACUAUUGGUUACAUACCAGUCGGCGAUUUCCGUGCUCGGAGUGCCAUUAGAGACCUAUGUGUACAACACGAUGAGUUAUUACAUGUGGGUCGCCAUCAUGAUUGCGAACGCCAUUCAGGGAUUCUUGAUUGUGCCACUUGUAUAUCCUUUGGGUAUCAGCAGUUCGUACGAGUACUUCGGUAGGAGAUUCAAGUCGAGAGCCGUACAGUUACUGGGUACUGUAAUGGGAAUGCUGCAGACGCUGAUGUAUAUGGCCAUUGUUCUUCUAGCACCUGCUUUGGCACUUGAAGCAGGUUAG